UCUUGACGCGAGCAUAGCUAUACCGCGUUUCUACCAUUAAAUACAAGAGGCCAUAUUGAUUAUUUCCCAGAGUGCUUUGGAUUUUAUAGAUUCAGCACGCUCUGGACAAUCUGAAGAGAAUAAUAGUCGUUUGAAAUUCUAACAUCUGACUGGUCCUGUAUCCAGCUGCACAAUGAGGGUAGCUAUUGUGGUACUGUCGACGUUUGCUGUUGCCAUGUGUGCACCAACUGGGGAGAAAGCUGACGCAUUAGAAAUAAACAGUGAUGAUAUAAGAGUGAAAAGGGCGAAAGAAGUAAUGAUGUAUGGGAAUCAGCAAAAUGAGCAACAGAGUAGUGUCAAAAGGGCUAGCCCUGCAGAUAAUGUAGAUGAAAAUGGUUACAUAAUUGCUAAUGAAGCGUCUAAUUUGGAUCCUGAAGAAACGGAAAACUCUAAUGAGGCUGAAGAGUUAGUGAGUAGCAAUGAUGAAACAAAUGAGUCAAAUAUUGAAGACAAUGCUGAGAUAGACAAUCAAGAAAUUCAAGAAACAGAUACGGCUGAGCAAGAUUCCAUUGAGACGACAGAUAAGGAUACGGCUGAAACAAACACUGCAUUAGAACCUGUAAUAGAAGACAAUGACGAAAACGAGGAUGAAAUGAGUGUAGAGGAGUAUUUGAAAGAACUGGAAAAACUUCGGGAUGAUGAUUCAGAUGAAGAUAUGGCACCAUAUUUAAAUCUCCUUAAAGACACUACUUUCCCAUACUGGAACCAGGAUCCUUAUCGAUACUACAACAACUACAACUCUCCAUAUGGAAACUUCCAACGGUACAGACGCAGUCAAGUCAGAAACAUGAAAGACAUGAAGUUUCCCAUGUUAAAACGAAGUCACAGAGUCAAGCGACAGGCAUAUUAUCUCCCGGACGUUGAUGGAUAUUUGCCUUAUGAGGACAGAAUUCUAAACACGCCAUACAACAAUUAUCCUGUGACAGAAGAAGACCUAGCUGAACUAUUGGAUGUUCUUGAUGACUCGAAACCAUAUGAUGACGAUAUAUACAUGAGUCCAUAUGAAGAAUACCAGCCUUAUGAGGAAGCUAAUGACAUUGAGUUUGACUCUCCAAUUUAUCUGCCAAAACGUCAAUCACUAUCGUUUGUUCCAGGUAUCAAACGAAACCGUGAUUUCUUUCCGUAUUUUAAAGAACCUGAUUCACAUUUUCAGGCUUUUGUUCCUGACAAGAGAUCGUUGAGAGAAGAGGCAGAGGCAUAUGAUGCUUAUGAAAGAGUAAUGGCCCUAGCAGCUGCUCUAAGACAGCAAAAUUAUUACCCUCGGGAAUAUUUUGAGGGAUACAGACGAAGAAAGUAAGAAAUCAAAUCAACAUGUUUAGAGAUGCUUUGUGAUACUUUAGUUGUUCCACCUUCUAAGAAGUCAAGUUUUUGUUAAAAUUGUUUGUCAAAUGUUUCUUUACAUUUUAUGUUGUUGGUGGAUGGAAAAGAUUUGUAAAUAGUCUUUCAGGAGGCAACAUUUCUGAACUAAAACUUAAGACGAAUAAAUGAAUGAGACGUCGUGAAUGAGCAGUUCAUUAAUUAUACUUAAUUAUAAUGUACUAGACGAUAUUUCUGUUAUCAAGUAAAAUAUCUUAAACAUCUCUGAAACAAAAACACAUAUCUAUUUGACUGAUGUAAGAACUCAGAACUUUUUUGUAAAAGACAAAAAGACAGUAAAAAGAAAAACAAAUAAAACAAAUGAGAUGUGGAACAAAUAACUGUGUAGUUCAAUAUAUCUAUUGUGCAAAUAAUGGAAUUAAGUGUUGUCUUGUUGAAAAAAAUACUUUGGUCUUAGGUAAACAUGUAUGUCAAGUCAGAAACAGUAUAACGUAAACAAUACACAUGUUUAUCUACAAUAUUUCAGGUUUUACUUUAUUUUUAAUCAUUUCUGUAAAAUCGCUGUCAUAAGAAGAAUAUUGUUACUCAGAUAUUGAAAACAUUGGUCUUUUUGAAAUAAAGAAUUAAUUUUUACAACUUG